AUGAAGUACUUUAUUUUGUUGUUUACCUUUAUUCUGAUCAAUUAUGGGCACUCUCAAAAGUGCGAAGACAAACUUCCCAACCUUUGCGAGGCCAUGCAGGAAUACUGCGCAUCGCACAUGCACUUUAAUUAUCUUCGAGAGAUGUGUCCGUAUACAUGCCAACAAUGUCAUAAUGAUUGCAAAGACCACGUCGCGUAAGUUUUUUUGUAUAAGUCAAAAACGUUAUCGUCACAAGAUAUGUAAAUUUUACUUUGCAUGUUUUAGAUGUGCAGCGAUUAAAAAGAUUGGUGGUUGCGACCGUACUACAACUCGCUAUGAUUGGGGAAUAAUCCAACGAUGGUGCCCGAGGUCAUGCGGUUUAUGCAAAGACAAAAAUCGGGAUCCAAAUAAGAAACAGAAGGAGGCAGAAGACAAAAAGAAGGCUGAAGAUGCCAAGAAAAAGGCGGCCGAGGAUGCUAAGAAGGAGGAAGCUCGAAAGAGAGCUGAGGAAGCCAAGAAGAGAGCGGAUGCGGAAGCAAAAAAGAAGGCAGCGGAAGAAGCCAAGAAAAGAGCAAACGAAGACGGUAAGAAGAAGGCCGAUGAAAAAGCUCGUAAGCUAGCUGAAGAAGCUAAGAAGAAAGCGGAGGAAGAAGCCAAGAAAAAGGCAGAAGAAAGUAAAAAGAAGGCCGAGGAAGACGCUCUUAAGCGAGCUGAGGAAGCCAAGAAAAAAGCGGAUAUGGAAGCGAAAAAGAAGGCCGCUGAAGAAGCCAAGCAGAAGGAAAAUGAAGAAGCUAAAAAGAAAGCGGAGGAAGAAGCCAAGGAAAAGGCAGAAGAAGAUAAGAAGAAAGAAGAGGAGGAAGAAGCUAAGAAGAAAGCAGAAGAAAAAAAGAAGGAAGAGGAAGAAGAAGCCAGGAAAAAGGCAGACGACGAAAAGAAGAAGGAAGAGGAGGAAGAAGCCAAGAGAAAAGCAGACGAAGAUAAGAAGAAGGAAAAUGAAGAGGAAGAGAAGAAAAAAGCAGAAGAGAAUAAAAAGAAAGAAGAGGCGGAAGAAGCCAAGAAAAAGGCAGAAGAAGAUAAGAAGAAAGAAGAGGAGGAAGAAGCUAAGAAAAAAGCAGAAGAAAAAAAGAAGGAAGAGGAAGAAGAAGCCAGGAAAAAGGCAGACGACGAAAAGAAGAAGGAAGAGGAGGAAGAAGCCAAGAGAAAAGCAGACGAAGAUAAGAAGAAGGAAAAUGAAGAGGAAGAGAAGAAAAAAGCAGAAGAGAAUAAAAAGAAAGAAGAGGCGGAAGAAGCCAAGAAAAAGGCAGAAGAAGAAAAGAAGAAGGAAGAGGAAGAUGAAGCCAAGAAAAAAGCAGAAGCAGAAAAAAAGAAGGCUGAGGAAAGGAUGGAUUGUGAAAAAUGUAAGCACAUUGGGAAUUUAAACAUUUUUCUUUUAAACCACCAAUUUGGAAAACGUCUAGCAUAUUUUCAGCGUCCGAUAUGGUUGAUUACGCCCUGCCAAACUUUGACAAACUUAUCAAACAAGACGGUGCUUGGAAUAUUGAAGAAACGACCUGCAUAAAGGGAAUUAAACUGAGAAUCAUCCCGAGAAAGAUGGCAUGCAGCGACGGGCCAGAUGGAUGCCUUGAAAUUGCAGUUGUCGCUAGUGAUGAUACGAGUGCAAAGUGGUCUACUACCGGUGGUCUGGACAUCAUAGUUGUUAACAAAAAUAGUAUCUUUUCUGGGAAAUUGGUGAAACGAUACGCUAAUUUCAAUGAAUCCGCAACCAUCAUUGAUGGCGAUAGUCUGGGAGCGCUAGAUUAUUUGGCUGACGAAAAAAAUGGAUUUAUUAAGGAUAACAAAGUAGAGGGUUUUGUUAAAAUUGAUUUAACGGUAAAGAGAGAGUAG